AUGAGUGCAUUCUGUGGUGGAAUCGAUAUAGGAAUAAGGAAUUCGGUGAUUACAACAUAUCAGAAAACUGGAUCUGACUGUGUAACGACCAUACAAGGAAGACCUAUCAACAAAAAUAACGAAGUAUCUAUUUGUGAAUCGGCACUUCCUUAUAUGCUUUCCCCUACUCAUUUUUCAAUUCAGUAUGCAAAGCGAGUUAUAGGAUAUCAAUACAAUUCUGAAAGAGUAUUAUCGAAUCCAGAUAUUUGCAUUGCUAAAAUGAGAGAAGGCAGAGAUGGCAAAGUUGAGUUUUACAAGGAAGGUUGGGAAGUGACAGAAACCCCUGUUUCUGUCUAUGUGAAAUUAAUGAAACAUAUGCUAGAUCGUUCUGAAGUUUAUCGAGUAGACUAUAAACAAGAACAAAUCGCUGAUACUGAAGAAGCAAUUCGCCAAGUUGGUUUCACAAAGGAGAACUAUUGCUUACUGAAAGAGCCUAUAGCUGCGGCUAUCUCUUAUGGACUUGAAGGCAUGGUCGGAAGCUACACUUUGGUAUAUGAUUUAAAUGAAGACACUUUUGAUUGUACGAUAAUACAGAUCAGUGACGAUGUGUUGAAGAUCUGUGGUUAUGGAGGCAAUGAGAAGAUUGGAGGUUUAGCAUUUGAUGAAACGAUUCGAGAUUGGGUUAUUCGUGAAGUCAGGGAAGUGACACCCUUGGAAAUCUAUGAUUCUAAAAGCAAAGACUAUCAACGAAGAAUGCAAAAACUACUAAGGAAAUGCCAUGAAGCCAAAGAAGGGCUGGUCGAAGCACAAUCUUAUGAAAUCGAUCUGAGCGAUAUUGCCAGUGAAAAGGUUUUGGAAGAGAUGGAACUGAUAGACUUGACAAGAGCCAAAAUGGAUUUUCUUCUGAGUCCGUUUAUCAGGCGUACGAUCGAGGUGAUAGACAACACUAUCGAGAAGGCAGGACUUCAUCAAGAAGACAUCAAGCGAAUUCUGAUGGUGGGCGGUUCUUCUCGUUUGCGAUGCGUUCAUUCAGCAUUGACCAAACAUUUCGGAUCAUCGGUUUCUCUCAAGUUCAACGUCAAUCCAGACGAAGUUGUGGCUUUGGGCGCGGCAACGUUCUGCCACAUCUGGUCGGAGAGCGACCAUGACUUUAGCAUUCCUUUCAAUGGUCGGCGAAUCAAACUAGUGGAAGGAGAGAUGGUGGUUCUGGCAAAGAACGGCGAUCUUAUGUCUCGAGAACCGCUUCGCAAACUCCUCGCCACACCCGUCGACAAUGCGCAGUGUAUGCGAAUAGAGUUCUACCAGGGAGAGAAAAAGACGGCCGAAGAGAACGUCCGACUGAAGUGCAUCGAAUGGUCGAACUUCCGCUCGCUGCCCAAAGGCGAAGUGAAAUUCGUUCUUUCGUUGUUUUACGUAAAUUCGCUGUGGGAGUGCGAGGUCCGAGACUUUUACACAAAGCAGAUCUAUGUGGAGAGACAGCGAAUAUAA